GCUGGAGCAGCUGGAGCAGCAGCAGCGCGCCGCCCCGGGCCCGAGCAGUGCGCGUGAGUCGGCGGCAGAGCUGCUGGGCGCGGCGGAGACAGAGCUGGAGGUGCAGGUCAGACUGGGCCAGGUGACGCCAUUCGGCACCGACCUCUCCAGCGUCACCGCCGACCCGCACAGCGGCUCCCGUUCGGUUGGCGAGGCGGUGAUGCGGCAGCAGCAGCAGCAACAUGCUGUUGCCGCAGACGACAGUCUCUCAGAUGAAGGCGCUGCGUAUCCACGCCAGCCGGGGAACCUGUCGCGCGAAGCUGCGCAGCGACUCGACCGAGCUGCCAGCCAAACGGACGACGAGUACGUGCCGUCGGACGGGGCCGUCGACGAAUCAGACGACUCGUACGCCCCCUCCGACGGGUUGCUCGACCAGUCGGAGGAGACGGCCGUGUCCAGUGGGGCGGCCCGCAGCAGCCCGGCGGUGGCGCGGGGCCAGAAGCGGAAGCGGGCGCCCAAGGCUUCCAGACCCUCUGGGGAAGCUGCAUCCAAGAAACGGCGCCGCCGUGACGAUGGUGACGCGGCGGCGUUCGCGGCGCGGAUCCGAGCUUGGCGCACCGAGCGGCGUGAGCAGCGCCUGCUGCGCAUCGAACAGGGUGUCGACGACGAAGAGGAGGAGGAGCGCUGUGUCGAGUUCGAGGGAGGCUUCCGGUGCCCGGCGGCGCUCUGGGACCGGCUGUUUAAGUACCAGCAGGUUGGAGUGCGCUGGCUGUGGGAGCUGCACCAGCAGAAGUGCGGCGGCAUACUGGGCGACGAGAUGGGCCUGGGCAAGACGGUCCAGGUGGUGACCUUUCUGGCCGGCCUCAGUCGCAGCCGAGUCAGGUGGGGUGGCGAGCGCGGCCUGGGAGCCGUGCUCAUCAUGGCGCCGGCGACUGUGCUUCACCAGUGGGUGCAGGAGUUCCACACCUGGUGGCCGCCGCUCCGCGUGGCCGUCCUGCACGAGUCUGGCUCACACUCAGGCCAGCCCAGCCAGGGCAAAUAA